UUAUCCUCUACAAUUGUACACAGGAGAGCAAAGAAGGGAAGGAGAAGGAGCAACUCCAAUGGCUUCUCUAUCCUCCAUCCCCACCCUCUCCAAAUUCCUCUCCCCGACGCCCAAAGCUCUACCCUUUUCUAAGCCUCGCUUUACCAUCUCUUGCUCCUCCCUCCCCCAGCACCCGCAUGAAGAAGACGACUCCUCCGUCGCCUCCUCCCUCAAGACCUUCUCUGCUGCCCUCGCCCUUUCCUCCCUCCUCCUCUCCUCUGCCGCCACCCCUCCCCCUGCAGUCGCCGACAUUGCCGGCCUCACACCCUGCAAGGAGUCCAAGGCCUUUGCAAAACGUGAGAAGCAGUCGAUCAAGAAGUUGGAGAGUUCACUGAAGAAGUAUGCGCCUGAUUCGGCACCGGCCCUUGCCAUUAACGCGACCAUUGAGAAAACAAAGCGGCGAUUCGAGAACUACGGCAAGUUUGGCCUCCUCUGUGGCUCCGACGGACUGCCCCACCUCAUCGUCAGCGGUGACCAACGACACUGGGGUGAGUUCAUCACCCCUGGCAUCCUCUUCCUCUACAUUGCUGGUUGGAUCGGGUGGGUUGGCCGGAGCUAUCUGAUCGCCAUCAGGGACGAUAAGAAGCCCACCAUGAAAGAGAUCAUCAUCGACGUGCCACUUGCCACCAGGCUGCUCUGGAGGGGCUUCAUCUGGCCCGUCGCCGCCUACAGGGAGCUGGUCAUUGGCGAGCUCAUUGCUAAAGACGUCUGAUUCCGUCCCGUGUAUGAAGUUUGGUGCAUUAGGAAGGCUGGAUGCUCGAUCUACUUCCAUAAUCAAAAGAAGGCUUUGCAAAAUGUUUUAUAUUCGUUCCUGUAUCUGUAAUUUAUGACUGUAAUUUCUCAUGUUUGAACUUUUCCCUUUUCCACCUCCAUAUCUACCAGUAAACAAACCCCUUUUUUUUUGGCCCA